GAAACCAAUCGAUCUGGAUCGAAACGGAGCUAUAAAAGCUCUAUGGUCGAUGGCAGAUGUCAGUUAGUUACGUUUCAAUCGUUGCUGAGAUCACAGAAGCCAACAUGAAGUUCGCCGUUGUCGUAGUCCUGUUCGCUUUGGCCUGGGGAGUCAACUGCUCCGUGGUGCCCCUGCUGACCGCCGCCCAUGGUGGUGUGGUGAUUGGUGCCCCCGCCGUUGCCGGUUCCGUUGCCAUCCAGGCCUCCGCCGUGCCCGCUGCCGUGCCGGUGGCCAUCGCCCCCCAAGGACCAGUGCUCAUCCAGUCCGGCCCUGCUGUGGUUGCCGCCCACGCUCCCGCCGUGGUUGCUGCCCAUGCUGCUCCCGUCGUCCUGGCUGCCCCUGCUCCCGCCGUGGUUUCCGUCGCUGCUCCGGAGGCUAGCUAUGUUGCCAAGACCCGUGGUGCCGUCCAUGUGGCUCCCCUGCCCGGACACAUCCAGUCCGCUGCCUCCGUGAAUCUGGAACCCGCACCAGGAACUUUGUAAAUUGACCCACCCACGAAUAUUUCCAUGAACAUGAAUGACCUGUACUGUA